UAUAUAUAAGUAGUAAAAAUUUCAAACAAAAAGUUUUCCCACCCCAUCUCAUUCCCAUCUUCAAUAUCUUUUCCCAAAAGUAAGCACCUUAAAUAAUUUCUGAAGAUUUCUUGCAUAUAUCAGCAUUUUAUCCAUAUAUAUGGACAUUAUGAUUUCUUAUUUAGACAAAAGAGGGGAGUGUGUAUCAUCGAGGGUCAAGGAACUUGGAUUUUUAUGAUGUUGGCAUUGGUGAACCACAUAGUAUUUUAAAUAGGAAAACAUAACAGUCAAUUUUUAAUAUUAUCCCACAGACUUUUAAAGAGGUUAUACUCUUAGCGCAUAGCAGCAGGUGCUCAAAAAAUAUUUAUGGAAUGAAUGAACUUUUAAAAACACAUUGUGAGUACAUUAAGGUCAAGUUACCAGGCUAUUUCUUUACUGUUCACAAACAGCCAGGACCUUUAGGCCAUUCAGAGACCUAGUUUCAAGGCUAAGAUAACCUAGAGGAGGGAAAUUUUAAGAUGGAAGAGUGUCUCAGCUCUGGCCAAGGUGGAAAAGGAAUGGAAAUAACUUUGAGUGCACACCUACAGGGUGCCCAGUAUACAUCGCCUCAUGGAGUCCUUGUACCCAUCUGGCCAGUUAGGGAUUAGCUCCAUUAUUAGGGUGAGGAAAGUGAAGCUCAUGACUUGAAGUGACUUGUCCAUAGUCACACAGCAAGAAAGAGGCUUCAGGUCUCCCCUGCGUGCACUCUUACAUCCUCAGAUCCAUUCUCCAGAUAGCAACCAGAGGGAUCUUUUUAAAACACAAAACAGAUGGCUUCAACUUCUUGCUUAAAACUCUCCAGUGGCUUCCCCUGGCUCUUAGGGUAAAAUCCAAGCUUCUCACUAGGCCCACGGGGCCCAGUGCAUCUGGCCUUGCCUCAUUCCCACUGCUCUUUCCCCUUGUUCGCUACACCAGCACCACUCAGGCUUGGUUAUUUUUUUUCUAAUGCACCAAGCUCAUUCCUACAUUAUGGCCUUUACACCUGCUGUUUCUUCUUUUUGGAACACUCUACUCACUUACCCCUUGCUCGACAUGUGGCUGUCUCCUUCUCAUCCCUUAGUUCUUAGCUUUAAAAGUCACCUCCACUAAGAAGCCUUGCCUCAUUUCCCCAGCUAAGCAGCCCCCAAUUCACACUGUCAUUCUCCAUCAUUUCAUUCUUCUUUUUCUUCAUAGCACCUGCCACAACUUGUAAUGAUUUAUCUGUUUACUUGUUCAUUACCUUUUUCUUCCACUGGUCUGUGAACCCCACGGGGGCAGGAACUGUCUGUUCCUUUUCCCUAGCGUCUAGCAUAGAGCCAGACACAUGGCAGGCCCUCCGUAUUUGUUGAAUGAAUGAAUGGAUAACCCAAGGAAGGUUGGAAGCCAGAGACUGUCCGCUUAGUUUAGGUAGCUGCCUCCUUGCACAGAAGGCUGGGGCCCCAGCUAGGGCAGGAUCUGGUUUCCAGGGAGGGUCCAACUCCCGCCUCUCCAGGAAGUGUUCUCAGCCCUGGGUCCUGGGUCCCGGGAAAAUUGGCCUUGGGGCGGGAAUCCAGCUGGCCCUGCUGCCCAGCUGGGCGUCCCUGUCUUCCCAGCCCGAUGCCCUGGGGUGUGUCGGGAGACGCUGAAAGACCCGGACUCCUUCCUGAAGUCGGCAAGGCUGCAGCGGCUGCCGUCGUCCUCCUCGGAGAUGGGCAGCCAGGACGGGUCGCCUUUGAGGGAGACGCGCAAAGACCCGUUCUCCGCGGCAGCGGCGGAGUGCUCCUGCCGCCAGGACGGGCUCACGGUCAUCGUCACAGCCUGCCUCACCUUUGCCACGGGUGUCACUGUGGCGCUCGUCAUGCAGAUCUACUUCGGGGACCCUCAGAUCUUCCACCAGGGUGCCGUGGUGACCGAUGCGGCCCGUUGCACAUCACUCGGCAUCGAAGUGCUCGGUAAACAAGGAUCUUCUGUGGAUGCGGCUGUGGCAGCAGCCCUGUGUUUGGGGAUUGUGGCACCACACAGCUCUGGCCUGGGCGGUGGGGGCGUGAUGCUGAUACAUGACAUCCGACGAAAUGAGAGCCACCUAAUUGAUUUCCGGGAGUCUGCACCAGGGGCUCUCAGGGAAGAGGCCUUGCAGAGAUCCUGGGAGACCAAGGUGGGGGCCCUGCCCCCCAUCCCUGGCUUGGGGCUCUGCAGAGUUCAGCCCAGCCCCCCCCUUCCAGUGACCUGGUCUCCUCUCUCCCUCGCCUGCCCGCCUUGCCCAGCCUGGGCUCUUGGUGGGGGUCCCCGGAAUGGUGAAGGGGCUACACGAAGCUCACCAGCUCUAUGGCAGGACCUCCUCCACCCCCUGCUCUCCGGCCCCCCCAGGCUGCCAUGGUCCCAAGUCCUGGCCUUCGCAGCAGCUGUGGCCCAAGAUGGCUUCAACGUGACCCAUGAUCUAGCCCGCGCCCUGGCUGAACAGCCACCUCCCAAUGCUUCGGAGCGCUUCCAAGAGAUGUUCCUGCCUUCAGGCCACCCGCCACUACCUGGUUCACUGCUGCGUCGGCCUGACCUGGCCUCGGUGCUGGAUACACUCGGCACCUCCGGCCCUGCUGCCUUCUACGCCGGUGGCAACCUCACGCUAGAGAUGGUGGCUGAGGCUCAGCACGCAGGGGGUGUCAUAACUGAGGAGGACUUCAGCAACUACAGUGCCCUCGUGGAGAAGCCCGUGUGUGGCGUGUACAGAGGCCACCUAGUUCUCAGUCCCCCACCCCCGCACACGGGCCCUGCCCUCAUCAGUGCUCUCAACAUCCUCGAGGGCUUCAAUCUAACCAGCCUGGUGUCCCGGGAACAGGCUCUUCACUGGGUGGCAGAGACCCUGAAGAUCGCAUUAGCCCUGGCCAGCAGACUGGGAGAUCCCGUCUACGAUUCUACCAUCACCGAGAGCAUGGAUGACAUGCUCAGCAAGGUGGAGGCUGCCUACCUCCGGGGCCACAUCAAUGACUCCCAGGCGGCCCCUGCCCCCCUCCUGCCUGUCUACGAGCUGGACGGGGCUCCCACUGCUGCCCAGGUGCUGAUCAUGGGCCCUGAUGACUUCAUUGUGGCCAUGGUCAGCUCCCUGAACCGACCCUUUGGCAGCGGCCUCAUCACCCCCUCAGGGAUCCUGCUCAACAGCCAGAUGUUGGACUUCUCCUGGCCCAACAGGACUGCUAACCACUCCGCGCCCAGCCUGGAGAACUCGGUGCAGCCAGGGAAGCGGCCAUUGUCUUUCCUGCUGCCCACUGUGGUCCGGCCAGCGGAGGGGCUCUGUGGGACCUACCUCGCCCUGGGAGCCAAUGGAGCUGCCCGGGGCCUCAGCGGCCUGACCCAGGUUCUGCUGAAUGUCCUGACCUUAAACCGGAACCUGAGUGACAGCCUGGCCCGUGGCCGCCUGCACCCGGACCUGCAGUCCAACCUCCUGCAGGUGGACAGUGAGUUCACAGAGGAAGAGAUUGAGUUCCUGGAAGCCAGGGGUCACCAUGUGGAGAAGGUAGAUGUCUUAUCCUGGGUCCAUGGCAGCCGGAGAACCAACAACUUCAUCAUCGGUGUGAAGGAUCCUCGGAGCCCAGAUGCAGCUGGAGCCACCAUCCUGUAGAGCAGUGGGGUGGGGUGGGAGUCUCUGCUCCCCCCCUUUGCAUGUUCCUAGAGUCCCUCCUUCUCCCAGGUUUGGUCUCAGGUGGACCCCAGGGAUGCCCCAGCUCAGGGGCCAGAGGGGAUGCUUAGCAAACCCUAUCCCAGAGUAACUGGAAAAUUCUCCAUCUGGAGGCUGGUGGUGGUGGUAGUGGUGGUAGUGGUGGUGGUGAAUGUCAGUGUCCACAACCAGGCAGGCGGGACCUUGAGGAGUCAGACUAUCUGUCUGUCUGCCUCCUUUCCCUCAGCCACGCUGGCCCUGAGCUUAGGGAUGUGCUUGCAAAUCCUUCUCAAGGGUCCUCACAACCCCAGCAUCUCCAGUCUGGCCUGACCUUGGCCUCAUCUUCCAGCUCCCUU